AAAAGCAACAUGACCGACGAGCAGGAGAUCAUGUGCAAACUGGAGAGCAUCAAAGAAAUAAGCAGAGAGUGUGAAACAACGGGAAACUGGGAAUCUGCUGUAAGAACAAAUUAUGGCCAUUUAUAGGAGAAAACAGCAAACCCUUACAUCAUUACAUGAUCUAAGACAGUGCAAAUGGAAAAAAUAAAGUCUCGCUUGAAAUCAGAAUUUGAUGCAUUAGAAUCUGAAGAAAGGCACCUAAAAGAUUAUAAACAUGAAAUGGAUCUUUUACUGCAAGAAAAGAUGGCACAUGUGGAAGAACUUCGACUCAUCCAUGCUGAUAUCAAUGUGAUGGAAAAUACAAUAAAACAGUCAGAAAAUGAUUUAAAUAAAUUGCUCGAAUCUACAAGACGCCUACAUGACGAAUACAAGCCACUUAAAGAGCAUGUGGAUGCCCUACGGAUGACUCUGGGAUUGCAGAGAUUACCUGACUUGUGUGAGGAAGAAGAAAAACUUUCUCUUGAUUACUUUGAGAAGCAAAAAGCAGAGUGGCAGACGGAAACUCAGGAACCACCCAUCCCCGAGUCUCUCGCUGCAGCUGCAGCAGCUGCCCAGCAACUUCAGGUGGCCAGGAAGCAGGACGCUCGACAAACCGCCACCUUCCGCCAGCAACCACCUCCCAUGAAGGCCUGCUUAUCUUGUCAUCAGCAAAUCCAUCGGAAUGCACCAAUCUGCCCACUUUGCAAGGCAAAAAGCAGAUCUCGUAAUCCUAAAAAACCCAAGAGAAAACAAGAUGAAUAAAACUGCAUUAAAAAUAAACAAAAUAGCAACAUUUUAAGUGUGGCAUUGUUACUCACAUGCAAACUAAGAUGUUAUGUAGUUGUUUUAUAUUUUAUUGUGUUGUAAGCACAACAUUUGGUUUGUUUGCUUUUAGAAAAUGACAUCUUGUGCCAAUAGAAAAUUAUCCAAAAUACUUGUAUCACUGUAACGUAAGGUAAUAUAGAGUAGAAUUUGUCAAUUGUUUAAAUAUGGAAACUAAUGCAUAUUUAGCUACUGGAACGAUACUAAAAGUAGUAAUGUGAAAAUCUAUUUGGACUGAAAUGGUGAAAAAAAUUUCAAAUUAAUGUAUUGAACUUGUAGAUGUGCAUUGAGCUGUACCAUGGUCUCACAAUUGCAUAAUUUGCUGAAGAACAAGUCUGCUGAAAUGAUGUCAAAAGCUAAGCAUUUAUUUAUCUUUUUUUUAUUAAGUUUGGAAGAGCAAUAUUGUUGCUAUAAAUGGACCAAAAUAUUUUAAGAAUACCUCUUUAAUUAACUUAUCUUGAAAACAUAAAUUUAAGUUAAUGCUGUUUUACAACUCCUUAGCUUUACUUAAGAUUCUAAAUAGUUAAAUGCAAAUGAGGCUAAUUCUUUUUGGAUGUACAGUUUGAUUGGAUUUAUUAAAAUACAUUAAACUACAAUAAGUGUUCAUUAACCACUUAAAAAUGAAAUAUUUUAAGCUUUCGUGUUACACAUUUCAUUGCGAUUGACAAAUAUUCCCAGAAUUUUCAACAAAUUACAAUUUUGAUGUAAAUUUUUUCCUUGUAACAAAAUGUAAAGAUGUAAUGUUAAGCGUUGUAUUUGAAAAUUUUAGAAUUUCCUACUUAGAAAAUAAAAUGAUGGGGAGUUUAAGGGGAAGGAUUGAUGUCAAAGCAAUUUCCAAUUAAUCAAAGUAUUUUGGGAGGCUCAUGCAGCAAGCCAGCAAAUAAAUCGAGACAAGCAUUUUCAUGCAGAAUCCUAUACAUCAGAAUUUUAAUUAUGAAGUUUACCAAGGCUGGUAAAUUUCAUGACACAUUUCUAUUUACGACCCUAUUCAGUGCUCCCAAGUUUCCAUCAUGAGCCAGCUGUUCAACCAUCACCACCACCUUAAAUUACUAUGGACUUCAUUGGAGUGGGUUCAACCCCAGUGACGCCCAACUUGCCUUCUAAGUGGGUUAUAAUUGUUCUAGUAGUAUACAUUUUUAUCAACCUCAAAGGAACGAAGGAUUGAAUUGUAUCCACAAGUAUUUCCAAUUGAAAACCUAUUGGUCCAAAGUAUGUUUUAACUAAUCAAGCUACCGGGGAUGUUCUUUUGCAUUAUGAGCUCUUAAUUUUAGCAUCAAAAGUGUUAAUUCCCUUCAGGGCAUGAAAAUUCAUGGUAACUUCAGACCACUUUCUAGUACUGUAUCAAGAUGCAAUUUAGAAAUGUGCUAUAUAUCUGAUUAGUGUAAUGUAUUCCAGAAUCUCCAGUUCUUGAGGCGAGUUUAUACUGCAGGGGGGUGGGGUAGAGAAGGAAAACGAUUUGCUAAACAACUCUAUACCAUUACUUGCGAGGUUGGAGUCUGGUUAAGUACAUUAAAUGCCAAUGUUUUAAUAAUAA